AUGUCAAGCAAGCAUAGAGAGGACCAUUUAAAACGAGGGUCUGAUGUGUCUCCUUACGAAUCGCUAUUUGCAGGUUCAGUAUCAGGGGGCGUAGCUCGAGCAAUAACUGCUCCACUAGAUACCAUAAAGAUACGGUUGCAACUACAAACAAAGUCGCACAAGCACCCACAUACGCAGAAAGUAUCGGCAUUAAACGUUGUCAAAGACCUUUUGAAAAAUGAAGGAGUGAUUGCACUUUGGAAGGGCAAUGUCCCCGCAGAGAUUCUUUAUGUAAUGUAUGGAGCAGUCCAGUUCACUACAUAUUCGGCUUUGAGCAAAAGCUUAUCCCAGAUGGAGAAAGACUAUAGCAUUGUUAUGCCCUCUUCGGUCCACUCGUUGUUGGCUGGUGUUGGAGCUGGUAUAGCAAGCACUCUAACAACUUAUCCCUUUGAUCUUUUACGAACCAGGCUUGUUGCAAACAAAAAGAAGAAUCUUUUAUCAAUGACUGGAACAUUCCGCAAAAUCUUACACGCAGAGGGUAUUUCAGGAUUGUUUGCUGGGAUACGGCCGGCAAUGAUAUCUGUUGCUUCAACAACGGGACUUAUGUUCUGGUCAUACGAAUUAGCCAGAGAGUUUUCAUCAGAAUACAAGCAUGUUCCAUUUAUUGAGGGGAUUUGUGGGUUCGUUGCUGGGGCAACGUCAAAAGGCAUAACUUUCCCUCUAGAUACUUUGCGAAAGCGGUGUCAAAUAUACUCUGAGGUGUACGGUACAAAAUACAAAAGCUCGCUACGUAUUUUCAUGAACAUUGUAAGUCGUGAAGGUGUAUUGGGACUAUACAGAGGUUAUGGUGUGAGUAUACUAAAGACAGCUCCAACGAGCGCCAUAUCAUUGUGGACCUACGAGUAUGUUAUAUCAGCAACCCGUCAUUACCGACUGUCAAAGCCACUUGUUUAA